AUGGCCGCCUCGGAAGUCUUAGACGAGAUUUUGGCCUUAAAGUCCAUCUUUUGUAAUCCUGGGGAAUUUUAUUUGAUAAAUCCGUCCUCGUUAGAAGAUAUUGAAGAACCUCAAGGACCGAUUUCUUUCAAGAUUGCUGUAAAAUGCGACCCACAGCAAGAUCUGACCAGCGUCGCGAACUCUUCGGAAAACGAUAUUGCCACGUCCAGUUUUACUGUAGAAAUGACUGUUUCAUUACAGCCAGAUUAUCCUGGAACGUUACCUGAUAUAUCACUUUCAUGCAUGGGAAUGUUUAAGAAAAGUUUAUCAUCUCUAAAAAGUAAUUUAAUCAAGUAUGCGACGAGUCUUCUCACAACUGGUUCAGAAGCAAUUAUCAUGGAUUUGACAAUCUGGCUGCAAGAAAAUGCAAGGUCAUUUUUAGACAAAGUGGAAUUAAGCAGUGAAAGAAAACUGCCUAUCGAGAGUAAGUUCAUUCUUUUACUUAAGCUGGACCACAUGAGGAAUAAAAGCCGAUAUAUCAGAACAAUCGCUCGUUGGGUGGACGAGCUAAAGUUGUCUGGAAGAAUAUUCUUUGCUGGCUAUUUGAUAUUUCUUUUGUUAACGGGGGCGGCCGAGAGCGUCAAGGAAUACUUGCGAAGACACAAAACUUGCAGUGUGGACGUUGAUUCAUCGGGAAAGCCGUGUAAGGAAAAAAUGAUGAAUAUUCUGAUGCAUGAACAAGAUUUAAUUAAUUUAAGGUAUGCAAUCAACAAAGAUAUUUCAAGGUUGGAACACACAAGGCGACAAGUUGCAGCAACACUUUGCGGUGACAGAUCACUCCUUGAGUACAAGGUCGUUGCAGCAACACGUUGCGACGACAUGUCACAUUGACAAAUUGCUUUGCGUGUACCAGAGAAUUUUAACGAAAAUCUUUGUCUCCACAAGUGAAUUUUAUCACUGCAACAAGUUGCACAAAACCAAAUUAGUUUGAAUUUGUGCGACUUGUAGCGGUAAUCAAAUUCUGUUGGAGACCAAGAUUUUCACAAAAGUUCUCCAGUACACACAAAGUGAUUGGUUGUUGUGUUGUGUCACUAUGACAUGUUGCUGCAACUUGUAGCCUAGUGUGUUCUGACCUUUAUGUCUCUUUUCUAUGCAGUGCUGUACACCCCUACCCCGUUUUCCAACUUCAGUGUUGAACAAGUUUUCUUUUUUCAAUGCCACAAAAUUCAGGGAAAAUCCUGGUUUUUUAGCAAAGUCAGGGAAACAUCAGGAAAUUUUGUCUCUUGAAAAAUAUGCAAAAAGAAACCAAUUCAUGUGGAAAACAUUCUGUAAUAAAUAUUAGUCAAUUUUGAUACAGCUACAAAUCCUGAGGGUUAACAUUAAUUAACCAAGAAAUUAUAUUAAUGGCCUGUAAAUGGGGAAAAAACAACGAAGAGAAAUUCUGGCAGUGUAACUACUGUAUAACGAGUAAUCGAACGUUGGUCACCCCAAGGAGAAGACGGGUUAAAGAAGCUGAAGAAAUCUGAAGUGUAAAGUUCAUUGAACAUCAGCAUUUGGGCAUACAGAAUUCACUUCGAUGCUUUGCUUGAGUGAUCACCAAACAAUAGCAAGUCCCAGUGCAAAAUUUCCAAUGCCCAAAUUGUAACAGCUAUAACAAUAACAUUCUUCUUUCUUUUUCAGCAUUUGUGACUUUUGUGAAGUUGAGUGUAAAUCUCCGUCAGAGCUUGAGGUCAAAUUCGCAGAGAUGGAACUUGAACAUUUAUUCAAAGAACAUAUACAGCCACUGCUAUAG